AUGGCGCUAUCCCAUGUUGUACAGUUCCCUCCGCAGCCUUUCUGCUCGCCCUCCGCCGCAUUGCCUUUCCAACCUGAUGGAGUCAAAAUAGAAACAUAUAGAAUUGCUCCGAUAAACCCAGCUGGUAGGAGUACUCAAUCUUCAAAUAAGCGGCGCUGUAGAUACGCUAAACACGGAGCUGCACAGCAGCAUGCCAAUGCCACCCCGGCAAACAGGCGAUGCUGCUUCCCUCGACAAUCUGGUUUGAGGAACAUAGGGAGCCAGUUUUCAGUGCGACGCUCAGACUCUUCAUGCGAUGGAAGGAAAGUUUCAAAGGUUGCAAGGGCAAUGGCAGGACCCUAUGCCACCAAGGCCGCCCGGGUUGAAGAGGCAGCCAAGCAGGUGGUGGACUUGUUCAUCGGGCCCAACCAGGUGAUUGGGCUUGGGACGGGCCCUGGGUGCGAGUACGCUAUCCAACAUCUGGGCUUAAAACUAAAGGAAGGGAAGCUGUGGAACAUCAAAGCAAUCCCAGCCUCAGCAGAGACUGCAGCCGCAGCUGCCCAGGCAGGGAUUCCCCUCAGCACAGCUGAAGAUCAUGUCAAGGUAGACGUGGUCCUCGAGGACCCCGACCUGGUGCAGGAGGGCACGCUCAGCUUCAUCAUUGGCCGAAGGGGCGCCCCGGGGGGCUGGGGGGACAAGUCAUUAGUCAAGGAGAAGGCGUUGGCGCAUCUGGCGGCGCAGUACAUCCUCAUCGCUGACAGCAGCAUCUUCGUGGACAAGCUGCAAGGGGCCGUCCCUGUCAUCAUUCGAACGGAAGAUUGGGAGGACACUGCGGAAGAGAUCGACGACUUGUUCCUAGGCGAUGCUGAGAUUUGGCGGCGCCCAAGCUCUGGCGAGGCGGGCCCUCUUGGAGGCGACCGCCCUUUGGUGACGGACGGGGGCCACUUCGUGCUGGACGUCCUCUUCACGGAGCCCAUCCGGGACCCAGAGCAAGUUGCGCGAGACCUGCAGUCUGUCGCCGGGGUGGUCGAGCACGGCCUUGUGGUCAAUACAGCGUACGCGGUAGCAGUAGGCAGGGAAGAUGGUGUGAAGAUUAGGACGUCCCUUUUUAAAGAAGCGUUUCGGGAGAGCGUCACGCAGUGAUCCCCUCGGAUUCAUUUUGUAACUUGUUAUGAGAUCAGGUAAACCUUCGUCGGAGUUGAGCGUCUCCAAACGUAAAAGCGUUGAGAAAACAUUUACCAACAUGGAGUAUACUGGCGGCAGUGCCGGGCUUUGCGCGGCUGCUGGCAAAUAUCCCAUGUACGAAAGUCAGGUGCGCCGCCUUUCACUGCAAACAUAUCUUUAAGUUACUUUGAUGGGUGACGAGUGCAGACCAUGGUUGGUGUGAAAGACGCACGCGAAUUUCUCUCUGCG